AUGGGAAAUCCACAUGAAUUUGAAGAGUCACUCAAUAAUAUCAACAAAUCAGUUACUUCAAUUCUAGCACUGAUUCUUUGUGUUCUUUUACCAUUCGUAUGUCUACUAGGCGGAUGUGCAUUAUUGAUUGUUGCUGCAACAUUGAAAGAUUCGGAUGGAAAAACAACCAUCCUAUUUCUUGGUAUUGGAGGAGGUGUUGCAGCAUUACAAAAAGGUCGAAUGCGAAAAGCUGUAGCAAUAGAAUCAGCUAAAUAUUCCGGUCGAUCACCAGUACCAUGUGCAUGGAGAUUAGACUCAACGACAGUAGUGAGAACUGGAUACAAAGGAAAACGAUCAUCUCACACAAUUCACACAUUAGUAAUUACUCCUGGAAGUUCUGGUGAAUCCGUAAAUAGAGGCUAUUCAAAUCAAAGGGUGUGA